AUGAGUAACACGCUGCUUCGGGUCUGUCCUUCCGAGUUGAAGAUGCCAUUCGAGCCCAAGAAGCACAAUUCAGCAUGUCUUGAGCUCAUCAACAAGACCGAUCAGUGGGUGGCUUUCAAGGUCAAGACGACAAACCCAAGGAAGUACGCGGUGCGGCCUGCCUCCGGUGUCGUGCCGCCCAGGGGAUCCUGCGGCAUCACAAUUACGAUGCAAGCGCCCAAGGAGAUCCCCCCGGACUACCACCGCAAGGAUAAGUUUCUUGUUCAGAGCAUUGCCGCGGAGGAGGGGACGACGCAGAAGGACAUUGUCCCUGGCAUGUUCAGUAAAGCACCAGGCAAGUUAGUUGAGGAGUUCAAGGUGAGGGUGGUCUAUGUCCCUGCCAAUCCUCCCUCACCAGUGCCUGAGGAAACAGAGGAAGAGGAUGGAUCUCUUGAUUCAGAUGUGGACCAUGAAGUGGGGAGACCAUCGACGUCCAACUCUGCAGCAGGACAAGGGCAUACAUGUAGAUCACAAGCUUCAGAUGCUGAGGAUGACUCUACAUCCAAGUUAGAACUGGAAAGUAGAUAUGCAGAGGAAAACAAGAAGAUUCAGAAAGAGCUGACAGGACCUUUUCAGGAUGACUCUGUAUCCAAGUUAGAAUUGGAAAGUACAUAUGCAGAGGAAAACAAGAAGAUUCAGAAAGAGCUGGAUCUCCUCCGGAAAACAAAGGCGUCGUCUCCUGGGGGCUUCUCGGCGACUUUGGUGCUGCUUGUCUUCUUGUUAUCUUCACUUCUUGGAUACCUGAUGUUCGGAAGCAAAGCUUAG